AUGGCCGACUCUUGUUUCUAUGAUUUCCUAAAAAAGUCUAAGAAUACUACUCCUGUAGCUGUAAAGUAUAAGGUCUCACCACCACCACCAUCAACAAGGCAUAUCGAUCCAUCUAGACUCUUUUGUUGUCUCUACUGCUCUCGAAAGUUCUGUACUUCUCAAGCUCUAGGCGGUCAUCAGAAUGCUCACAAGCGCGAGCGAGCUGCCACUCUCCGAAGCUACAUCUCUGAAAGGUCAGAAAAAUCACUUGACCAGUCGUUUACAUUUCCUGAGAUCAAGAACAAGAACAUGAUCAAAAAGAACAAAAGCAACACCAAUGCUUGUUGUUCUUCAAUAUCAGAUGUGCCGUUUGCUGCACCUUAUAGCUGGCCGGAACAUCAUCAUGAGGAGUACUCGCACCAGCACUCUAGUUUUGCUCCUACAACUACUCUCACUCUUUCUAGCAGCUACUGUCCUCUUACUUCACCUUCUGAAGCUGUCGAUGGUCGCGUGAACCUUGAUCUCACACUUCAUUUAUGA